AUCUACCAAUGUGACUGGCCGCUGGACGACAUAGUUGCGCUGCAGAUGGAUGGCUCCUGAUAAACAUUACCGGUAGUCGGAUUCAGUUCAACAUACGUCUGUAAUUUACAAAGCUGUCGUUUAACAGAUGCUCGAUAAGCGAAGCCCCUGAACUAUGGCCAUAGUCAAGAAGGAUGACAGACUGACAAAUUCUCAAAGUAUACUCUGCGUCGGUUUUGCCGGAAUUUUUAGCAAAACAGCAACUUCGCCGCUGGAAGUCGUAAAGAUUUUGAGUCAGAUAGGAACAUUUCACUGUAAACGCGGCUUCGUUCACAGCUUUCUUUUAUUAUAUCAGAAUGAGGGACUUCGAGCAUUUUGGAAGGGUAAUAUGGUUUCCUGUCUACGGUUGUUCCCCUACAGUGCCAUACAUUUAGCAACUUAUAAAAAGAUUGUCCACCUACACAUCGAUGAACUGGGUGAUAUCUCCCAAUGGAGGGCCAUAGUGGCAGGUGGGCUGGCAGGGAUAUCUGCCGCUCUAGCAACAUAUCCAUUGGAGGUGGUUGAAACCAGGCUCAUUGCUCAGAAUUGCAGAGAAUCAACGGACAAAGGGCUGCUGCUUACUCUCUCCAGCAUCUACAGAAAUGAAGGGCUUCAAGCUCUCUACAGGGGUUUUUCCCUCACAAUAUUAGGCGCUGUUCCAUUCUCAGUUGGCUGCUAUGCGGUGUAUGUCAACAUGGAUAAGCUGUGGCAGGAGCGGCACGUUCGCUUUACGUCUUUGCAGAACUUCAUCAAUGGCUGUCUUGCUGCAGGAGUUGCUCAGACUCUCUCCUUCCCCUUGGAAACUGUUAAAAGGAAGAUGCAGGCCCAGAGUCAUCUUCUGCCACAUUGUGGAGGAGUUGAUGUUCAUUUCAAUGGGAUGAUGGACUGUUUCAGACAGGUCAUUAAGAACAAGGGUGUCAUGGCUCUUUGGAGUGGCCUUGCAGCCAACAUGGUGAAGAUUGUCCCGUAUUUUGGCCUGCUCUUCAGUUGUUUUGAGAUGUGUAAGCAAGUCUGCCUUUACCGAAAUGGCUAUAUUGUUUCCCCACUAAGCUACACACUUAAACCAGGGGUUGACCAAAGCCUGGGCCCAUAUGAACUGCAAGAGUUUAAGCGCUACAUGAGAAACAGAAAAUUACACAGAGCGCAGAGUCCAUCCAUAGGAAACCGCUGGUAAUAUGGUCUUCCCUAGACACUGUGACAAAUGCAAGAGAAGUGAACAGGAAAAUGGAGCUCUGUGUUGUUUUGUGAUUAUGAUGUGAGUGUUAGGUGGUUUUACUGCCUGAUGCUGGAACUCAUUCUGUGCAUUAUUCACAGUGGUACAGUAUAUUUGUUUAUGAUGAAUAUUGUACCUGUCAUUGGAUUUAUGCUCCGAAAGGCUGUUAUAGGGAUCCUGCAUAUACUGUUCAUACUUGAAGCAAAACCUACAUUCUGCAGUUUCUCAAGACAUAUCAGAUAAAUGCCAGAUAUAGUGCACCUUUAAGGCAGUAUUAAAGGUUCAGUAUUAUAUCAACGUUAUCACAUUUAUUCCUUUAGCUUUACACUCCACUAAAAUGCAGUUUUUUAAAGAACUGUGGAGAUGUAAAGUCUUUAAUCAUUUUAUUCACUUCUCAGGAAAUGUGUUGAACAGUAUAGGACAAUGCCUUUGUCAAACAAAGUAUUAGUCGUUCACUGGCUUUAAGCUCUUUCUGUUAUUUAUAAUCUAAUGUUUUUAAGGUCAUAUAUUGGUGCGAUUUUAGUAUUGACAUAUUUGAUGCUUUAUGACAGAUUUUCAGUUGUAUGGUAAUAAACUGUAUCAUGCUGAUCUGGAUACACGCUAUCCCAGUAACCAGUGCCUCUGAUUGAGCUGUAAAAAAAAAAAAAAAAAGUGCAUUAGUGUGUUUUUCAUUCUGAGGAAUAAUUUCUCAAAUGUGGCAAAUGUUGAGCUUAACUCAAAGCUUAAAAUAAAAUAAAACAAGUUUAAGCAAUAAACUUAACUUGGUUCUUUUGU